AUGUUUUCCCUACACGAUAUACAAAUGCUUGAUGCUUGGCCUCUCGUUGGACUUGAUGCCAACCUAGUGCCACGUCAGCCGCUGCUCCAAGACCAACACCCUCCUCUCCUCCUCCUCCUGAUACCACGAAGAGAUGUCUUGCCCAAGAUCGAGCUCCUCCAGGAAGUGCCGGCUCUCCCUCGACGCCAAGGCGGGCUGGCCAUACAGCUCCGCUCCAUCUGGCAUCAUAAUCGCCCUCGCCUCCCUGUCCGCGCUGCUUGCGCUGCUGUUGCUGCAGUUGCGGCUGUGGGAGCCCGUACUCCUCCGCUGGUCGGCCUUGGCCACGACCGCAUACCGCACCAGCCCUGCCUCCACGUCUCCAUCAUCGCUAUCUCCUGCAGCAGCCGCUCUCUCUCCUCUGCCGCCCCUGCAUCCCGACCCGCCCACCGCGCUCAGGCACACCUCCGGGUGGAAGACGGCCAUCGCGCCCACGGCCGCCGCGAGCAGCACGCCCUCCGCCGCGAGCAUCUUCGCGCCCCCCCUCCACGGGUCAAAGUACCCCGCCGCCGCAGACCCCGGGGCCCGCGCAAACCGCGCCGCCCGCAGGGCGGACCACGCCGCCAGGCACGCCGCGGACGAGGGCAGCGCGGCGAGCCAGCACCGGUCGCCGCGGGCGAGGCCGACGUAGCCCCUGAGCCGGUGGAACGUCGUGUACCCGAACGCGCGGUAGGCGGCCCUCGCGCGCCAGCCCGUGGCGCCCAGCACGGCGAGGCACAGGCCGAGCGACAGGGCCUGGAGGGCGAGCCCCGAGGCCGCGAGGUAGUGGCCCGCCGCGACGAGGUCGUUAGUCCCGUGGGACCCGAGGCUGAAGAAGGACGUCCCGGCGUCUCGGGAGGAGGAGGAGGAGGAGGAGGAGAGGGAGAAGACGAGGCCGAAGCCCUGGGGUAG